AAGGUAUCUUCAAAUAUCCAUCACCACAAGAGAGAGAGAGAGAGGGUCAGAGAAUGGAGAAAAGCAAGGUUUUGAUAGUAGGAGGAACUGGGUACUUAGGAAAGAGAUUGGUGAAGGCAAGUUUAGGUUUAGGACAUGAAACUUAUGUUCUACAAAGGAAAGAGAUUGGUGUUGAUAUUGAGAAAGUGCAAAUGUUACUGUCAUUUAAGGAAGAAGGAGCUCAUCUUGUGGAAGCUUCCUUUGAUGAUCAACAAAGCCUUGUAGAUGCUGUUAAAUUAGUUGAUGUUGUCAUUUGUUCUAUUUCUGGUGUUCAUAUUAGAAGCCAUCAAAUCCUCCUCCAACUCAAGCUUGUUGAUGCUAUCAAACAAGCUCCAAAUGUCAAGAGAUUUCUGCCGUCAGAAUUUGGAACAGAUCCAUCAAGAAUGGGGAAUGCAAUGGAACCAGGAAGAAUAACAUUUGAUGAUAAAAUGGUGGUGAGAAAGGCAAUUGAAGAAGCUGGAAUUCCUUAUACCUACAUUUCUGCUAAUUGCUUUGCUGGCUAUUUUCUUGGAGGCCUUUGUCAACCUGGUCAUAUCAUUCCUUCUAGAGAUCAUGUGUCUCUUCUUGGAGAUGCCAAUCAGAAGGCUAUCUACGUUGAUGAAGAUGAUAUUUCCGUAUACACUAUUCACACCAUAGACGAUCCUCGUACUCUUAAUAAGACUCUUUACAUUAGACCUCCUAAGAAUAUUUUAUCUCAGAGAGAAGUUGUUGAAAUUUGGGAGAAUUUGAUUGGUAAACAACUUCACAAGUCCUCCAUUUCCAAGCAAGAGUUCUUGGAUUCUAUGAAAGGUCAAAACUAUGCAGAACAAGUGGGAUUGACUCAUUACUAUCAUGUUUGUUAUGAGGGAUGUCUUACAAAUUUUGAGAUAGGUGAGCAAGCCGAGGAAGCUACUCAGCUCUACCCUCAAGUCAACUACACCACCGUGGAACAGUACUUGAGACGCUAUUUAUAAGUAUUCUUAAAUGUUGCUCAAAUAUUUUCCUUAAUAUAUGUGUAAUAAUAUUGUAUAAAUAAAUGGCUAGUGCUUCUGUUUACUAGCCUUGGAUGUUUGUCGGCUCUUGUUGUGGGACUUGUGCUUGACUGUCGCUGAUGUUGUUUUAUCUCGAAAAGAUAUUUGGUUUGUAUUUUUCACUUUGCAUUUAGAUGUUUUGAUAUAUAAAAUUUGUGUGAAAUUUUCAAUCAAAUUACGAGUUAUUUAUA